GCCUGUCCGCUCAUUAUCGCAUUUCCUAUACCUGAUACCUGUCGCGCGCCACUUUCGCUCGUCACUUUCAUAAAAGGAAUUGAGGAUAUCCAUAAUCAUAUUUCGGCUCGCACCAAAGCGUCGCAACUGGAUCAAGUUGGGAUCUACGAGUGAAGACAGUGCACAAGGAAAUAAAGGACUGCAUAUAGUCUGACAAGUGGGGUUUUGAAAGACGGGUCCUGGUGCUGUCGCUCACAGCAAUAUUGAUACCAUACUACUCUAUUCACCAGCGCGCAUCCAUAACCAUACCGGGCCACGGAAUUUCACACAGUCCAGUUCCUUGAGACGGACCUUUGUCACACAGGAUGUCCACAAAUCCCUCCAUUCGGGGAACCCCCCAUAUCCGUCUCAAUUCAGGGCGACAGGACCCAUUCGCCGACUCCGACGACCCCUAUGUAUCCGUACCACACCAGCAUAUCGGGCGGGCAUUGACCCCCGGAAUGGUGCAGUCGCCGUCCGAUGCCACGCUGCAGACGAAUUGGGGCUCGCCCACUCCUCAGGAGUCAACAGAGUUCUUAAUACCCCCCAAACCGUAUCCCCACAAAGAACUGUAUCAAUCCCGGUCGCCGGAUCUGUCGAUUCGGUCGCGGCGCACGAGCUGGAGUUCAGAGGCAGCCAGUUACGAUGCUCGAGGUUAUUCGUACACUCGUUUCGAUGAAUCCCGAGCGCCUUCACGUGCAGAGAGUGAGGAGAACGACGUGAACACACAGACAGUGACAGAAAAAUACAACAUAAUGCCAACAGAAGGAUUGUUAUUAUUUCCAGAGGAUGUGGAGAAAGAUGACUACUUGCAUAAUCCUGAUCCGAAUGACAGGGAUAUUGAUUGCGAUGUGUGGAAUAGGCGGGGACUGAUUAAUCUUGGUGGAUUGCUACUCAUAACAGUGGGCUUUGUAGUGCUGUUUGUGGCCUAUCCUGUGAUCUCGGCUGUGGGCGGGGCGCAGAAACCAGCCAAAUCCAACUGUGAUCCUGGAGAUACCCUAUGUCUCGACGUAGGGGACCGGGCAGGACUCACCAAAUUACGGACAGGAUUGAUCGACCCGGACACACCAGAAUCCGCGAUGACGAAGAAAUCUGCUGAUGGCAAGGAAUGGCAGCUGGUGUUUUCUGACGAGUUCGAAACCCCUGGUCGGUCUUUCUAUGAUGGAGAUGACGCAUAUUAUCAGGCCAUGGACUUCUGGUAUGGUGUGACGCAAGACCUGGAGUGGUAUGACCCUGAUGCAGUUACGACGAAAGAUGGAAGCUUGGAGAUCCGAUUCGAUGCCUUCACCAAUCAUGAGCUGGGGUACCGUUCAGGAAUGGUGCAGAGUUGGAAUAAGCUCUGCUUCUCGGGGGGUCGCUUGGAGGCUAGUAUCUCCUUGCCCGGAGCCGGUGAUGUGUCCGGUUUCUGGCCUGGUUUCUGGGCGAUGGGCAAUCUAGGUCGACCGGGCUAUGCUGCGACUACGGAUGGGAUGUGGCCAUACAGCUACUACGAUGGAUGCGAUGCAGGGAUCACACCUAACCAGAGUUCUCCGGACGGUAUCAAUUUCCUCCCAGGCAUGCGAUUGCCAGCCUGCACUUGCAAUGGCACCGAUCAUCCCUCCCCUGGCAGAUCCCGAGGCGCCCCGGAAAUUGAUGUGAUCGAGGCCAGUGUGGGCGCUCUGAACAACAACCCGGAUGCUAUCAUUGGCACUGUAUCGCAAAGUUUGCAGAUGGCUCCGUUCGACAUCUGGUACAUGCCUGACUACGAUUACACCGCCGUGUACGACCCUUUUAUCACGGAGAUCAACACCUACCGAGGAGGACCGUACCAACAAGCCAUGUCUGGCCUCACCAACCUCAACAACAAGUGGUACAAUGGAACCGAGUACCAGGUGUAUUCUUUCGAGUACACCCCCGGUGCAGUGGGUAACGUGACAUGGUUUGUGGGCCAGGAUAAGACUUGGACCCUGGACGGGCGAGCUAUUGGACCCAACGGCAACGUAGGCCAGCGGAUGAUCCCCUUGGAGCCGAUGUCGAUCGUGAUGAACCUGGGUAUGGCAUGGAGUUUUGCCCCAAUCAAUGAGACUAUCCGGAGCUACAUGCCUGGGUUCAUGCGGUUCGACUACAUCCGGAUUUACCAGGACCCGGAUAACAUCAGUGUCACCUGCGACCCACCGGGUUACGAGACGACGGAUUACAUUGCCAAACACCCCAACGCUUACACCGACAACAACCAAACAACAUGGGCUGAUGCCGGCUACGAAUGGCCCACGAACUCCCUUAUGAACGGGUGCUAGAUGCUCUUGAGAGGGCGUGGUACUUAAUCCUCGAGCACGCCUAGAGUUGCUGGGAGUGCUCGACCUGCUCGAUCCCGCCCUCACGAUGCGAACACCGUACGGCUUCCUGACAUAUGCCCUGGUGCCGGUUGUUGGCGCUUGCGAGUCAUUUUAGCGGCAUUAUGCUU